UGCUCAUUUUAUUGGCAUUUUCAGCUCCCCUAUUGUUUUGCCUCGCAAAAGAAGAAGAUUCGUCACAACUUGGAACUCGGCAAGACAAUUCUCAUUCAGACGCUUUUUCCAACGACUCCGAAGGCAUAAGCUUCUUUGAAACACUGGUCAAACGAUUGGAAUCUGAGUCGUCAUCACCACGCAUGAAACCGGAGACAAUUGCAGCAAUUCCAGAAGAAGAGCUUCAAGAAGCUCUACGCAUUGGCCAAAACUACGUGGAAAAAUGGGAUCGACUAGAAGAGCAGAUUUUCAAACAGAAUCGCACUUUCAGCGGAUAUCCCAGGUAUAUGCGGGAAGCGAUAGCCCAGUCAAAAGAAGCUGCCGUUUAUUUGAUGGCCCGGAAACACCUAAGCCAAAGGUUAAGAGUCUCUCCUGACAAAAUCGGAGAUAUCGAUCGUCUGUUGAGCGUUCGCCAAAAGCUUCAAUCGACUCCAAUGCCAUUAUGCGAUUUCAAUUCAAAGUUUCGGUCUAUCGAUGGAACUUGCAACAGUAAGGAACAAGCACAAUACGGAAAAGCUGGCACCAUUUUCAAUCGAUUAUUAAAUUCUAACCAAUUCUACAACGAUGGUGCAGAGACAAUCCGAAAAAGCCAAUUAACCGGAAGCCAAUUGCCAAGCGCUAGUCUCGUCUCUGCCACCGUUUUGAACAGCGACGACGCAUUUCUUAUUCAUCCCAAAGCCACUCUUCUGUCGAUUCAGUGGGGCCAAUUCCUCGGCCAUGAUCUGAGCCAUACUCCGUCGUUCUCUCAAAGAGACGGAUCUUCCUACGACUGCUGCUCGACAACAAUCAAAGACGGGCAUCCUGAAUGUCUUCCCAUUGCCAUUCGUAGUGACGAUCCGAUUUACAGUCUACUGGGCAGCAGUCAAUUGACCUGCAUGAAUUUCAUCCGGUCGGCGUACGGGAACAAUUUGGACGGGACUUCUCCAGGAAUGCGAUCGCAAAUUAAUAGUGUGACGCACUGGAUUGAUGCUUCUCAUGUGUACGGGAGCACAAUUGAAAAAGCAAAUGAGUUACGAGACACGACGUCGGGUAGAGGACGGCUGAAGACGUCCGUGAACAGCAACGGACGCCAAACGUUGCCCUUUAUUGGCAACAAUUCUUUAAUGUACUACAAUGCGGGUGAUUUCCGGGUGAAUCAACAUCCAUUGCUGACUCUCUUGCAUACCGUUUGGCUUCGAGAGCACAACCGCAUCGCCGAAAACUUGUACAGGGCAGCUCCGGGAAAGGUGGACGAAUUUUACUAUGAACACGCUCGGCGUAUUUUGAUUGCUCUGAUGCAGCACAUCACCUACAACGAAUACCUGCCCGCCAUGAUAGGUCCUACAUUGGCAGCCCGGAUUAUGUCCCCGAAGAAUGGUUAUUUGAAAAGUGGCAAUCCGGCGAUAUUUACCGAAUUCUCAACGGCUGCCUUCCGCGGAGGCCACUCUCAGCUAAGAAGCCUCAUAAGAAUAGUGAAAGAAGACGUUAACAAGGUCGACAGAGGCCUCAAAUUUGAUUUGAAGGAGCAGCAGUCAUUACUAGAAUAUUUGCCUCCUGUCGUGGAAGCUCGUUUUAUGGAUCAGGCUCUACAUGGUCUCCUUCAGACGCCUGUGCAGACUGUCAAGUCCAGUCUGCAAGAUGAUUUAAAAACCCAUAUUUUCAAGCCGAAAGCAGAGCCAUUUGAUUUGAUAUCGUUAAACAUUCAACGAGGUAGAGACCACGGUCUUCCUUCAUACACCAAAAUGCUAAGUUAUUUCGAUCGCAAUAAUGUGCCAUCGAAUUUCGACGAACUACUCCCACUCAUACCAGAAGAAGCUGUUGCUGCAAUGAGAUCCGUGUACGAAUCGGUGGACGACGUUGACUUGUACGUCGCUGGACUCGCAGAAAAGCCUCUGCCCAAUGCCGCACUGGGCCCCACAUUUGCUGGCAUUUUCGCGGCGCAAUUUUUGAAUUUGAGGCGAACGGACCGAUUCUUCUACGACCACAACGUUGACGGAACUACCGGAUUCAGUUCAAAUCAGGUGGCGGAAAUUCAAAAAGUUUCUUUGGCGCGUAUCAUUUGCGACAACAGCGACGGCACCAUCACCCGAGUCCAACCCAAGGCCUUCCUCUCUCCCGAAGGGUCCAACAGACCCGUUUCGUGCGAUAACUUAUCUGAUCUACCCGGAAUCAACUUCUCUAAAAUGUUGCCUCUUUAAAACUUUAACCAAUUUAUUCAAAGCAGGUGGUCUCAAUUUGAAACAAUUACAUACAAAUGAUUGCUUUCAUUGACAAAUUAAAGGUGAAGGACUGGUGUCAGGAUUGAUGGGGGUUCUAAUACAUUUACAACACCGUCUA